AUGCAGAGUAUUCUCGAGAUCGACAAAACUGAUUUGAUUUUUGAGCAGCUCGGUCACAAGAAACGACUUCAUGUGCGGGAAUUUAAGGGCGCGACGCUGGUUGAUAUUCGGGAGUAUUAUACAAAGGCGGAUGCGCCGGAUACGUGGCUUCCGGGGAAGAAGGGCAUUAGUUUGUCGGUGGAUGUGUGGAAUGAGGUGGUGAAGAAUAUUGAGAAAGUGAACGAGGCGAUCGGCAAGAUUGAGCCGGCGAAGAAGGCAAAGGUCGAUGACGAGGAGGCUGGGGAGAAACACGAAGAUGAGGAGGAGUAG